UUUAGAUAUACUCUACUAAGAACGUACAAAGAUUUCUGCAUUUAGGCUGAAAUACUUGGAAUAAUGCUUUACAAUGUACUGUUUUUGGUUUGUCUCACCCUGUGUAAUGGAAGGGUAUGGCAGCCAAGUUCAAAGCAUUUACAGGAUGCUCAAAGGUGGACGAAACCGAAAGGAAUCAUCGAGAAUCCAGUCGAACCGCCAUUGUUGAUGGGGUCAUUCAACAUCCAGACCUUAGGAAAGAAUAAAUUCACAAAUGCAGGAAUAAUGUACAUAAUCGAAAAGAUUAUUCAAAGGUAUGACUUGCUUCUGGUACUGGAGAUCAUGACGACUGACAUGCAGUAUAUGAGAAAACUCCUUAGAGAUGUGAAUGAGUUUUCACCACAGGGUGUCACCUAUAAUAUGACAAUGAGCGAACGCCAUCCGACGAGCAAAGAAUUCUACGCUAUUUUUUAUAGAACGAACAAAUUGACACUGAUCCGGACUGAGUCAUACAAUGAUCCUGAGAAGUUUUACCGAAAGCCACUUGUAGCCGUUUUCAGUUCACCUACAUUAAGAGAUGUUUCAAAGUUUGGAGUGAUCGGCCAUCAUGCAAAGCCUUCCAAUGCUGUGCAAGAAAUAGAUGCCCUCGCUGGUCUCUACGACGAAAUGGCAGGCAAAUAUAAGCUUCAGGAUUUUUUGAUCAUGGGAGAUUUUAAUGCAGAUUGCAGUUACGUAGGUGAAAACGACUGGGAAAACAUAUCUCUGUGGACCCGACCCGAAUUCUUUUGGCUCUUGGGAAACCAUUUGGAUACAACUACCAACUACAAAAGCUGUGCUUUGGACAGAGCAGUGUAUGCCGGUGAAAAUUUGAAUGAAGGGGUAAUAAUGUCAUCUGCGAAAAUUUUUAACUUCCAAGAGGAGUAUGAUCUCAAUGUUUUCGAGACUAGAAGUGUAUCCGACCACUGGCCCAUUGAGUUCAAAAUAAGGGGAAAAUUAUCAACCCUUGCCGAAAAACAUCUAAGCUCCGACGUCUGCUUCACAGUAAAAGAUUCCUCAACCAGAUUGAGCAUCUUGACUGACAGCAUCUCCAAAAUUGCUUCUGAAGCUCUUUUUUCUGUGUCAAAAUCUUCGUCGGGCAUCGUCAUGAAGAACCAGACGCGUGACGAAGAAGCUAUGUUAAGCGCCAUGCAAAUGCUUAACGCAGCUUUACCUGACGUCAUCACACGGCAGCUCGUGGAAGCUGUAAAAUACAAGACAUUUCAUGGGAGCUUGGAAGACACUAGUUCUUACGCUGACGUGGCACAUACCGUCUACAAGAUUAGCAUUUUGGUGAAGAAAGACUUUUCUAGUGCUUCGAUUUGUAGAUCAACUUCUAUAAAUUAAAUCAAUUUUAUAACAUUAAAAUAAAU